GAGCCCAGGCCUCAGCCCGUGUACCAGCAGUCGCCCUAUGGGCCCUGCCACUAUGAGAUGAAGCAGUUCCUGGAAUGUGCUACCAACCAGAGAGACCUGACCUUGUGUGAGGGCUUCAACGAGGCUCUGAAGCAGUGCAAGUACAGCAACGGUGAGUCUGUGCCCUGUCCCCACCAGAGGUCUAGGCAUUGA